AUGCCUCCGCUCCGGCCGCGCAACGCCGUCCGCUUCGACCCGUGGAACUCGUCGUCGACGGGCCACCAGCGCGCCGACCACCGGCCCGGCACGGCGUGGCGCGACGCCCGCGGCCGCAAGCUCAAUGCCCAGUUCCGCAGCGCCCGGGGCGGCCCCGCGGGUGACGAUGCCCGGCUGCCGACGGCCCCCGUGCCGAGGAGCGUCGCCGACUUGCUGGCGAGGCCGGGGCUCAUGAGGGAGGAGAGCAUGGAGCGGCGGCGGCGGCGCGGGGAAGGGCAGCAGCAACAGCAUCAAGAAGAAGAAGAAGAAGAAGAAGAAGAAGAAGAAGAAGAAGAAGAAGAAGAAGAAGAAGAAGAAGAAGAAGAAGAAGAAGAAGAAGAAGAAGAAGAAGAAGAAGAAGAAGAAGAAGAGUCGCAGACGGAUGCCGCCGCCGCCGUCGCCGACAACGACGACGACAAGAAACAGGGGCCACAGCGAUCCUCGAAAAGAGCCAUCUUCGACGGCGUCGUCGUCUACGUCAACGGCAGCACAUACCCCCUCGUCUCGGACCACCGCCUCAAGCACCUCCUCCGCGAAAACGGCGCCCACAUGUCCCUGCACCUCGCCCGCCGCUCCGUCACCCACGUCGUCCUCGCCCGCCCGCCCGCCGCCGCCGCCGCCCGCCGCCUCACAGCCACGACGGGCGGCGGCGGGCUCGCCGGCGGCAAGCUGGACCGCGAGAUUCGCCGCUCGGCCGGGUGCGCCGUCAAGUACGUCGACGUCGAGUGGGUCCUGGAGAGCGUCAAGGCCGGUAUUCGUCUCCCCGAGGCGCGCUUCCCGGCUGUCAAGGUGGCUGCCCGCGGCCAGCAUAGCGUCUACCGACUCUACUCGGCUCAUGGGUCGACGGCUGGUUGA